UAUACGGAGAAUGCAAACGGAAAAUAUUAAUCCAAAGAGAGUCGUAAUUCAGAAGUCCUAGAUUUACCGCCUGUUUCGGAAAAAAGAAAAUGGCUAUGAUUCGAGGUUUUGGGAAGGGCACUACCCUGUUGAGCAAUAAUGCUGCUCUUCUGUCAAGACUACAGCCAGUAGUAACUCAGAUGUCCCUCACCAGCACCAAGGCCGAGACACAGGACAUUGCCUACAAGGAAAUGGAGGAAUUCUGGGAGAAAAAUAGACGUCUUAACAGACCACUCUCACCUCAUCUUAGAAUCUACAAUCCAGAGCUGACCUCCAUGUUGUCACUGUGUCACAGAGCUACAGGAAUAGCUAUGGCUGUCACUGUACCUGUAGUGGCUGCCACUCUCUUAGGUCUACCUGGGGAUUUCCCUUCAUAUAUCCAAUAUAUCAAGGAUCUGCAGCUCAACCCACUGCUCUUUACAGCAGCUAAAUAUGUGUUAGCUUUCCCUGUCUGUUAUCAUUACAUAAAUGGCAUCAGACAUCUUGCUUGGGAUUGGGCUAUUGGAUUCAGCUUGAAGGCCACCUACCAGUCUGGAUACUUUGUGUUGGCCCUAGCUUUACUGGUAUCAGCAGCAUUUGUCCACCUCCUAUAAAGAGCUUGUGAAAAGGAGAGACCUUUGACAGGGUGCCAUAAACUUGCUGAUUGGCUGUGCUUUAUUGAAUAUAUAGGCAUAAUCAUUGAUGUUUAAAUCUCAGUGAGAGCAUUUAUGAGCAAACCUUGGAAUAAUUGUUGUUCAAUUAACAAUAACUGAUUUUCUGUUGUUUAUAUUGUAAUACAGUACAGGUCAUUUAUUAUUGGUUUGUUCCCAAGUCUGAAAGAUGUUUGCAAAAAAAAAAUCAAUAUGUAGAUAUUUGAAAUAUUUUAUCAAGAUGAAUACUAGCCGUAACACUCCAAGAUCAGCAGUUAAAAUAAAUUUGCUUUCUUUAUACUCAUGCAUACCUGUUUUGCAAGUAACUAUUUCAGUGUUAACAUUAGCAUAUUUUUAGUAAAAUGAAAAAUAUAAUGCUUUACCAGGAAGUAUAUUUACGUCUAUGAUUGUAGACACUGAACUACACUUGUUUUAAUUUAUUAAAUCAAAUUUUAUACUGAAACAA